AGCGGACCCGAUCGACGGUCAGUCACGCAGGACGCGCUUCCUGAGCAGAGCUGGUGUAAGAGGAUUGCGUAGCUGAUCUGCCCAGGGUGACCAGCUGGCUUAUGCUCCUGCCAUCAUAGCUUCUUCCCGGUGAUGGACUGUGUCCUCUCAAACUCUCUUCAUCUAGAAGGGGGACCUUGUGAAAUUUUCCUCAUCCACACUGGCGUGUGAACUGUUGGUGUCAUUACACAGGUCUUAUUUAGGCACUGAUGCCUGAUACUCUGGGCCAGCCUUUCAGCUGUGGUGUGGUCAGAGCCCUGACGAUGGCGGCCAUUCUCAGAGCAAAGUCCAAGGUGUCAUUAUCUUUCGAGGAUGUGUCUGUGUGCUUCACAAAGGUAGAAUGGAAGCUUCUGACUCUCAAACAGAGGAUUCUCUACAAGCAAGUGAUGCUGGAGAACUACAACAAUUUGGUGUCUGUGGGACUUGCUGUCACCAAGCCUCACAUGGUGUCCCAGCUGGAGAGAGGUGAGAGGCCCUGGGUUGAAGAAGGCAGAGCCGGGACUGCAGCAGGACCCUGUGCAGAUGCAGUAAACAGCAGUAGCAAUACAGUGGCUUCAAACCCAAACCCUUCUGGAAGAGGUCUCCUUGGAGACACCAUCAGAAGGCCGCUCACCUUCAGGCACAAUCAGAAGAAACACAUUGGAAGGCCACAGUACCCCAGAGGCCCGGAUAGGCGAUACCUGUGUCAGCAGUGCGGAAAAUCCUUCAGCCGCAGCUCCAAUUUGAUCAAGCACCGUGUCAUCCACAGCGGCGAGAAGCCCUUUGAGUGCAGCGACUGCGGCAAGCUGUUCCGUCGCAGCUUGGCCCUGCUGGAGCACCAGCGCAUCCACACCGGAGACAAGCCCUAUGAGUGCGGCGAGUGCGGCAAGACCUUCACUCGUAGCUCCAACCUCGCCAAGCACCAGAUCAUCCACAGCACCGAGAUGCCGUUCGUCUGCCGCAUAUGUGGGAAGGUGUUCCGCCGCAGCUUCGCGCUGCUGGAGCAUGCCCGAAUCCACAGCGGCGAGCGGCCCUACGAGUGCGGCGAGUGCGGCAAGUCCUUCAGCCGCAGCUCCAACCUCAUCGAGCACCAGCGCACGCACAGUGGCCGGAAGCCCUACGUCUGCCCCGAGUGCGGCAAGGCCUUCAAAGGCAUCUCGCAGCUCAUCCACCACCAGCGCAGCCACAGGGGGGACAAGCCCUUCACGUGCCGGCAGUGUGGCAAGGCCUUCCGUGGCCGCUCCGGACUUAGCCAACACCUGCGGGUGCACAGCGGCGAAAAGCCCUACGAAUGCAGCGACUGCGGCAAGACCUUCGGCCGCCGAGCCAACCUCUUCAAGCACCAGGCAGUGCACGGCGGGGUGCUGCUGGCCGACCAUCCCGACGGUGGGAAGGUGCUGGGGCGUGGCUGCAUGCUCCUGGAGCCCAGCAGGCAGGGUCCUCACGAGGGUGCGGAGCUGGGUGGAGAGGGCAGCUCUGCGGAGCCCCAGCCAAGCAGCAGCACCAUCACCAGCAGCUGCUGCAGCAGCGGCCCCACCAGCAGCUGCUGCAGCAGCGGCCCCAAUGGCCAGAAGUCCUAUGUGUGUGAGCAGUGCAGCCAGGUCUUCCUCUGCAAGUUGCAGCUGUGUCGCCAUCUGCGCCUCCACGAUGAUGAUGAAGAAAAGGCCCGCGAGGAAAAAGCUCGUGAAGAAAGGGCCCGCAAGGAAAAGGCUCGUGAAGAAAAGGCCCUCGAGGAAAAGGCCCGACAAGAAAAAGCUCGGGAGAAAAAGGCCAGCGUCGACCAGCCCAUCGCUGGCCCAUCAACCUCAGACGGAAAAGGGCCAAUCAGCCAGCAUCUGGAAGCUCAGCCUGUGGAGGAAAGCGACAGUGAAAGCAGUGAUGACUGCAUCCUAUGGGAUGAGAGGAUGCCUAGUGCAGCCUCACCCUGAGAUGGGGAAAUGAAGCAACUCAGAGUGGCAGGCUGCCCCCCCCCCAGUGCUAUCUACCCUAGUCCUUCCCUGGUGGGUGGAAAACGAAGGCUUCCUCCCCAGUCAUUGAUUAUGCCUAGAGACUGCAAGGGAAGGCUCAUCAGUGAGCCUAGGCAGGGUACUCCUGCGUGCGUGAACGUGUGAACAUGUGCAUGAAUGCGUGUGUGCAUGUGUGUGUGAACAUGUGAAUGUGUGCAUGAAUGGGGUCUCCAGGUGAGCCAGUUUGUGGAUUUCAGAGUUGGUCUCUCCCAUCCACUCCAGAAAUGUCUGAUGUGGAUAGGAGGGAAGCAGCUGCCUGAAGCCAACUCUGAGCACAGUUAACUUUGAGUUUACAGAGGGAUGCCCCAUGUGCUCUCUCAUGUUAUAUGUUAGUGUGGUUACUAGGGUAGCCACUGCCCCCCCCCUUAAGAGUUGUUUAUGUUUCUGGGUCAAAGAUACUAAAAGCACUUUAAUCCAUUAAGAGUAUAAAUUGAAGGGGGUGUGAAAUUAGCUUGCAGGAAAGACACACCCUGCUGUCCUGGAGCACAAGCUGGUGUAUGCUUGAAAACUUGGACCCUAUAUGGGUGUCCCCCUGUUGCAGCUUGGAAGAUCUAUGCCAAACAUGUCAUAUGAGAUAGUGGCCCUGCAAAGAGGGCUAACAUCUGAGACCCUGAGCGUUCACUAUCUGGGAAAGGAACCCUUUUUCUCUGGUCCCUCAUACGCGCAGAGUCUGGGCAAGACAUAACAUUUGUACUCCUGGCACACUGCUGACUUAAGUCGCCUCCUCAUCUUCCUUCCUACCCAAAGAAGGCCACUCUGGCCUUUGUGCACCAGCCCCACCCCCUGCCCCAGUGCCUAAAGCUUCCAGCUUAUCUGCUCAUCCCUCUUCAGGCUUCUCCAUGUGGUGGCAACAAGUUAGAAAUUUUCACUGCGGUGGACCCUGAAGUAAAUCUGGCCACUAGGGCAGCCAUCUUUCAGAUGACAUGUCUUAGAAUAGUAAAGUUGCCGUUGAUUUUAUUUAGGGGUAAUAUAAGUUGAAAAUUUGAGAUAGUAUGCCACAUGAGAGUGUUUGGCAAUUGUUCCUUUAUAAAAAAAGAAAAUCCCUCAGACAGAGGGUGUGGCUCAGAGGCCCUGAGGUCCAUCCCUGCCCCCAUUCUCUGAGAAAUGCUCAGGCUAGAGAAAGGGGCCUUCCCAGGGCCACACCUGAUGAGUGUGGCAGCACAUCUGGCCCCUCUUGUCCUUGUGAUGACGUGACCCAUCCCCUUCCUUUCAGCCCUGCAGAGACAGAGUAAUCCCUUCAAAUAGUGCUUUACUGAAAACCAAGAGGGAAGUCUAAAGGGGAAGUUUAUGGCGGUCCUAUUACACCUUUGCUGUCCCAGGAAGCCCAGGAGUGCUAUACCUUAGUACUCCCAGCCCAGUAUCCUGGUCAGCAGGGCUACCUUCCAGCUUUCUUCAGUCCCAGGGGAGAGGGAGACUUCAUUAUACAGUGUACCCUGAGGGCAGGUGGUAGAUGAAGUGGAAGCUGCUCUUGGGGACUCUGGAGGAGUGUGUACCUUCCCUGCCAGACAGAUGAGGUUCAAAGACCUCUGUCUCCUGCACAAAGUGUGGAAAGACCUGAAAAUCCAGGAUGCCACUUGGAGUCCUGGUCACAAGGAUAACUCCAGAACACAAACAUGCGCGCGCGCGCACACACACACACACACACACACACACACACACACACGUUUUAUGUAUAUAAAAUGUUUUACAUAAGUUCUACUGUUCUUGUAACUUGAGCUUCUCUGUGCCCUCCAGUAGAUCCCCGUCUCCUUGUCCUGUGAUUGCCUUCUUGUCUGUAAGCCUGCAGCUGUGUGUUGUGUUCCCCUGUGUCUGCACUCUAAGCCCAGUGCUGGGCAGUAGUGAGUGCCUGUGAAAAGAGCAUUGCUCUCUUAGCACGCUGGACUUCGACUUUGUAGUAGUUGGCUCCAGCAGCUGCUGGAGGCAGUCCAAAGUAUCUGCUGCUUUGGUUUCCAGUUGAAAAGAAGUAUUAAGAACAGUGUCUUUUAAGUGCCUGGUGAGAUAAUUGCUCAGAGGAUUUCUGCUAGAGCUGGCAUGGAUACAGGAAGCCAGGCCCCAUGCAGAUCAGGUGCCCAUGGCAGAAGGCUCUGUUUGGGCAGAGCUCUUGGAUGCUGUUGGAUGUCUGUUUCCAUGGCUCUGGGAAGCAAAUGAUGUAGAUCUUCCAAGACAGUCAUCAGCAUCUACACCCAGAGGUGACUUGCUACAGGAAGGGUCAUAAGCAGGCAUUUUCAGUGAAAGUCAGGUCUGCCAGGAGAAAUUCGGAGUACUGUGUUUUGAUGAUGUUGGAGUAGCCUGAUAUGCUUCAGGGUCCCCAAUGGUUGCCUAUAUAAAUGGCAACAUGUCUUUUUGUCAGUUCUUAAUCUAGUUUAGCUCCUGUUACUAGAUAUUUUCAGUUAGUUGGAAGUAGUGAUUUCUCUCAGGUAUGGUAAUCAGGUAUGCAACAUGAAAAGAACGGGUUUUUCAUGGGAUAAAGUAAGAGUACCCAGAAGGGACACUUGUGCUUUUCCUCAUAUGGUGCCUGGAAAAGGAGCCCUACUCCUCAUGCUAGGUGAGGAAUGGGGUUGAUCGCUCUCAUGUGUGUUUUGAGGGACAACUAGGGUAUAAAGGCUUAAGCUAUUGAGAAAACUCCUGCUGCUUUCUAGUCCCUCCUCUUCUUGUCUGUCCUCCGACACUUCACCCUUGGACUCUUUUCCAUUUGAAACUGUGGGUGCUUCUCAAAAGAGCUGUAUGAAUGCUAUAGCAUCAUCCCGGUGCGGCUGGUAAGUAGUCCCAUCUAAAUUCAUUGCGAGAUGCUAUUGUUCGCAUUUCUGUUGCUUAAAAAUAAAAGGGUAGGCUACCAGGAAAGACACCCCCCCAGUGGAGCAGGGCUAUUCCCAGGGUUAAACAGACAGGUAGUGGUUAAAGGUCAUGAUAAGGCUUAAUUCCAGGCCUCCUUCCCAGGGUCCCACACUGUGACUCUGAGACCUUGAAGGGAGCACAGCCUGGUCUCUUAACAGACAGUCCUAUCAGUCGCCUGCUUUCUGUUUUUGUUACCACUGCCAAAUGUCAGACAGCUAGGGUAUAAAGGCUUAAGGUAUUGAGAAACUUAGCCACCCUUGCCAGUGUGUAGAGGGCAGCUUUUCCGACAGAAAACAAAAUAGAGGGACUUGGGGGGGGUGAAAAGUGCCUGGUUGGGGUUCGAGGGGUGUGGUGUGUUGGGGAACCCCAGAAGACUGAGGUUUCUCUAGGAUGGUUCUGAGUCAGAAGCUCAAUUAGUCAGGAGUUUGAAGCACCUAGGAUAGCAAGUACAGAAAUUUGGACUCUAGCUGGUCGCAGGUGAGGAGCAAUUUUCUUAAACAUGAAACAGUCAUUCUGCUACUGAGAAAGAAAGGUUGGUUUAAAUGAUUGCUGCCCUGGGGUUGUGGUCAUCUGGAUAGUCUUGAGAUCUGUGAACAUGUGCAUCUGGGUGGCUGCAGUCGGCCACCCAUGACGAGAUAGUGUGGGAGAGGAUGGAGGUAUCCCAUCACCUUCCUCAGUUCCCACUUGCCCUGGAAUUUGUGGCUGGCUUCAUGUUUUUGCUGCCCCAGUGCAUACAUGACUCCACAAAGCAAUGACCGUCUAAGAUUUCUGGAUGCCUUCUUUUGAGGGAGGGGAGGUUACUGUUUUAAGCCUAGGUCUCCCUGUGUAGCCCAGGGUGGCCUUCAAUUCUCAAUCCUCCUGCCUCCUAAGUGCUGGGAUUGCAGGAAUGGGCCACCACAUCUGGCUUCUGUAAAUUCUUAUGUUCUUGUAUUGCAAGUAGCUUCAAGUUCAAGGCCUUGAACAUCCAUAAGGAGCACAGUGCCUCCUUUUGUGUUCAAAAAGGUUAAACCUAGUCCUUCUCCAUCACCUAGGAACACUGAGAGCAGAACUGUAGGCCUACUGUAGAUUUGGAGGCUCCUGAAUUAUUAACUUUCUUUGGUAGAUUUAGGGAAGUAUACAGUAGACAUAUAGUAAGCUGUAAAGUUUUCAAGUGUGUGAUUGGAUGAGUUAUAACUGGUGUCAGUAGUCCUAAAACCAUCCCUACUAUCAAGAUAGUGAACAUACAAGCAUCUUAGUGCCCCAACUAUCUCCUCCUUUCAGCUCCUCCCUGCCCUUAAAAUCACUGCUUUCAGUCGCUAGAGGUUAACUUGUAUUUUCUAGGCUUCUCUGUAAAUGAACUCGACAGUGUGUGUGUGUGGCCCUCUCAGCAUCAUUCUUUUGAGAUGUAUCCAGGUGGUUGUGUGUAUAUCAGCACUUUGUUUUUAUCCCUUUGUAUAAGUGAACCCCAAUACCCGUUGAUGCCUGUUAAUGAAUAUUUACAUUUUUUUCCAGUUUGGGACCAUGACAAAUAAAGCUGCUAUGUAUAUUUGUA